AGGACCUGUAGAGCCAGCUCAUCAAUAUGUCUGUGCGGUGGCUGCUUGUGGGUCUCCUGGCCCUUACUGAUUCAUCUGAAAGCAGCAACUGGGGAUGCUAUGGAAAUAUCCGAAACUUCAAUACCCCUGGGGCAUCUUGUGGGAUUGGAAAACGUCAAGGCCUGAAUUACUGUGGAGUUCGUGCUUCUGAAAGGCUGGCUGAAAUAGACAUGCCGUACCUCCUGAGAUAUCAGCCUGUGAUUCGUACUGUUGGCCAAAAGUACUGCAUGGAUCCUGCAGUGAUCGCUGGUGUCUUGUCCAGGGGGUCUCACGGUGGCAACGUUAUGGUGGGCACCGGGGGCGAUGGAAUCGGGGUUGUGCAGGAUCCUGGCCUUUAUGUUCCCACAUCCAGGAUUAGUGAGUCCCAGGUUUCUCAGAUAAUCGAGGUCCUGACUGUUAGAAUCAAAGAAAUCCAGACCAGGUUUCCAACCUGGACCCCUGACCAGUACCUGAGAGGUGGACUCUGUGCCUAUGCUGGGGGUCCUGGCUACAUCAGAAGCAACCAGGACCUGAACUGUGAUUUCUGCAAUGAUGUCCUUGCACGAGCCAAAUACUUCAAGAGACAUGGCUUCUAAUGCUUCACAGCAAAAAGGAAGCCUCAAGUGUCACACAGAUAAAACUAGCCAAUGGAGCUUGUAACUAUGAAUCUGAAUUUGACCUGAAGGUCAUCAAAACAACAUGAAUCACAUUAAACAAAGAGUUGUCUGCA